AUGAGUCAUGCUCUGCUCCCCAAGAAUGUGGCUUUGGUCAUAAAGUACCAAAAGGAUCCUCUGAAAGCUCUUGAAACUUUCAAUUCUGUGAAGAUAGAAGAUGGGUUUAAGCACACAUUGCCUACCUAUAGGUGCAUGAUUGAGAAGCUAGUUGAUGUGUUUGAGAGGAUGGAUUUCUACAACUGCGAGCCUUCGGUGUUAUCGUAUAACUCCAUCAUGAAUAUAUUGGUUGACUAUGGGCAUCACGAUCAAGUGCAUAAAGUCUACUUGAGGAUGAGAGAUAAAGGAAUCUCUCCUGAUGUUUACACUUUUACGAUUAGGAUAAAGUCCUUCUGCAAGACGGGAAGGCCUCAUGCUGCUCUAAGGCUUCUGAACAACAUGUCUUCUCAAGGGUGUGAAGUCAAUGAUGUUGCUUAUUGUACUGUUGUUGGUGGGUUUUAUGAUGGGCACUAUCUACUUGAUGCAUAUGAAUUGUUCAACCAGAUGCUUGAAUUGGGUAUUUUUCCAGCCAUUGCUACUUUUAAUAAGCUCAUGCAUGUUCUUUGCAAGAAAGGGCAAGUCAAAGAAAGUGAAAAGCUGUUGAGCAAGGUGCUUAAGAAGGGUUUCUGUCCCAACUUGUAUACAGUUAACAUCUUCAUCCAAGGGCUCUGUAGAAAAGGUGCAGUAAAUAGGGCUGUCAGUAUGUUGGAGAGCAUGAACAAGGAAGGUCUAAUUCCCGAUGUUGUCACAUAUAACACUCUCAUUUGUGGUUUGUGUAAAGGAAAUAAAGUUGCACAAGCAGAGGGCUAUCUGCAUAAAAUGGUGAAUGAAGGGUUACAGCCUGAUGCCUUCACCUACAACUCUAUAAUUCAUGGUUAUUGCAAGAUGGGGAUGAUGCCAAAUGCUGACAAAAUUCUUGGUGAUGCAAUCUUUAAAGGGUUUGUGCCUGAUGAGUUUACUUAUUGCGCCUUGAUCACCGGUUUAUGCCAGGAUAAUCUUGUGGAUCGUGCUGUAUCGGUUUUCAACGAGGCACAGGGGAAGGGCUUAAAGCCUACGGUUAUUCUGUACAAUACACUAAUUAAAGGGUUGUCCAAGCAAGGGCUUGUUCUCCAAGCCUUGGAGUUGAUGGGCGAGAUGUUGGGAAAAGGUUGCAUCCCAGAUACAUGGACUUACAAUCUGAUAAUAGAUGGAUUAUGUAAGAUGGGAUGUGUCUCUGAUGCCACUAACCUUCUGAAUGAUGCUAUUGCAAAAGGGUACAUCCCAGAUAUUUUUACAUUCAACACAUUACUUGAUGGAUACUGCAAGCAGCUGAAAAUGGAGAAUGCUCUUGAGCUUCUGAAUAGCAUGUUGAGUCAUGGUGUCUUGCCAGAUGUGAUCACGUACAACACUCUUUUGAAUGGCCUAUGCAAGGUUGCAAAGUCUGAAGAUGUUAUGGAAACAUUCAAGAUGAUGUUGGAGAAAGGAUGUGUUCCUAAUCUGAUCACUUACAGUAUACUCGUAGAGAGCCUGUGCAAAUCUAGGAAAGUAAAUGAGGCUCUGGACUUACUAGAAGAAAUAGGGAAGAAAGGUCUAGUUCUAGAUACUGUCAGUUUCAGCACUGUCAUUAAUGGAUUAUGCAAUAUAAAGGAUUUGGAUAGAGCAUACGAUCUCUUCAAAAGAAUGAAGCAAGAAUACAACAUUUUGUGGAGAACGUCGACAUUCAAUAUCAUGAUAAAUGGGUUUUCCGAAAAGUUGAAUAUCGAAAUGGCAGAAAAGCUUUUUCAUCAGAUGGGCAAUGAAGAAUGCUGCAGUGCAGAUGAUUACACAUACCGUGUCAUGAUUGAUGGUUUCUGCAAAGUGUGGAGGAUUGACUCUGCAUACAAGUUUCUUAUGGAAAUGAUUGACAAAGGUUUUGUUCCAUCAUUAACGACCUUUGGAAGAGUGAUCAACUGUCUGUGUGUCCAAGAUAAAGUCCCCGAGUCAGUUAGGAUAGUCCAUAUGAUGGUGAGAAAUGGCAUUGUCCCGGAGGUUGUGGAUACUAUUUUUGAGGCUGAUAAAAGGGCAGUUGCAGCACCCAAGAUUGUCGUUGAAGAUUUGCUGAAGAAAGGUUGUAUAACUUACUAUGCCUAUGAACUUCUGUAUGAUGGUGUCAGGGACAAACGGUUACAAAAGAAGAAACAUUCCAGUCACCCUGAACAUCGGCCUGGAAAGGUCUCUCAUCAUGUUGAUAAUGUAUGA